GAACGCAGCUCGAUGCUGGAGAAGCUGAAAGGCACUAAGGCAGCCGAACCGUCCGUUCACUGACACUUGGCCGCGGACAGCCGCCGCUAGUGAGCCUCCAGAUUCCCGCCCGAGUCCACAGGCGCUUUAAAAACAAAACCCAAAAAAACACGUGCAAACGCCGUGGGAAGGGAAACACCCCGCUGUUAGCAGGCUGAAGACAGAGCUGCGGUGCACAGGGAUGGAUUUAAGCAGAUGAUAGCUGACUGCACGAGAGAUGCUGCAGGAGAAGCUUUCAGCUGUGACGGAUGAAUGUAUGAGCCGGGUCCAGGCCGGCGGGGGGACUGAUCUCCUUCCAGACCAGUCACAACUGGGCCUGUCCACAGCUCCCACCAUUCCCAGUUCCAGUGAGCCCGACCAGAACAUUGAGAACAUUAAGGUUGUUCUUCAUGAAAGGGAGUUGUGGAAGAAGUUCCAUGAGGCCGGCACCGAGAUGAUCAUCACUAAAGCAGGCAGGAGGAUGUUUCCCAGCUACAAGGUUAAAGUGACUGGGAUGAACCCCAAAACCAAAUACAUCCUACUUAUUGACAUUGUCCCAGCUGAUGACCAUCGCUACAAGUUCUGUGAUAACAAGUGGAUGGUGGCUGGCAAGGCCGAGCCAGCAAUGCCAGGCAGACUCUAUGUGCACCCUGAUUCCCCCGCCACAGGAGCUCACUGGAUGAGGCAACUGGUGUCAUUUCAGAAGCUCAAGCUAACAAACAAUCACCUGGACCCUUUUGGGCAUAUCAUCCUGAACUCUAUGCACAAGUACCAGCCCAGACUACACAUAGUCAAAGCCGAUGAAAACAACGCCUUCGGAUCCAAGAACACUGCCUACUGUACUCAUUUCUUUCAUGAGACAGCCUUCAUCUCUGUAACUUCCUACCAAAACCACAAGAUCACUCAGCUAAAGAUAGAAAACAAUCCAUUUGCCAAAGGAUUCCGGGGUAGUGAAGAAGGAGAUCUGCGCGUUUCAAGACUACAUGGGAAAGAAUAUCCAGUGAUUUCUAAGAACAUGGUUCGCCAGAGGCUCAUCUCCUCGCAUAGUCACCUAGCAGGCAAGCUCGGAGCAGGAGUUCUCACAGGGCACCCUCAAGUCCUGUCCUCUUAUCAGUAUGAGUCUGGGGUUCCUACGUCUCACUCAGACCCCCAAGACCAUAUCUCGAACCACUUUCCUCAAAGCAGAGAUCCCAGCCUUCUGUACCACUGCUUCAAAUACAGAGAUAAUGCCCGACAUCUAGAGCUGGGAUGUAAGCGGCCAUAUCUGGAGACAUCAUCUGCGGUCUCAGAGGAGCAUUACUUUCGUCCAGCUACCUCUUAUGAGUCGCCCUUACUCUCUCAUCCGUACUGCACUGAGGCAAUCACCUCUAGAGAAGCUUGUAUGUAUGGUAGUAUGGAAACAGAGUCUGGAUCUGGGGUGGGGGACACAGAUGAUAUGACCAAUGCCUCUUCAAUAAAUUGCAACAUGUGGGCUACAAUGCAGCCCUACUCUCGCUAUAGCGUGGAGGGUGUCCCGUACCAGCCCUUCACUGCUCACUUCACUAAUGCUGCCACGGUCACGCCGGUUGUACCGCACCCCACAUCAUCUAUGGCGCCACGACCACAGGCUGACUUGGGAGUCUACAACUCAGCUACGGUGCAGCGAGGACUGCCCGUCAUACCUUCUUCAUCCUCCUCUUCAUCCUGCUCUCCAGCUGUUCCGGGAUCCAGAGAUAGGUCAGGCCAUCCGCCUCUGUACCACAAGAAGCCAGGGUCACCGCUUCGGCCACAUAGAGAUUUCUCAACGUAUCCCACACAAGGCACUAUCUCCAUACGGGAUCCAUCCUAUCACUACCAAGUGGAGCUGAGUAGUGCAGGGACUCACUGGACUGACAGCUAACAUGCACCACUGGAGAAACCAGUUUUGUCUAAUGUACAAGUCUGAAAUGAAUCAAAGUAAUUAAAGAAAACACACCGUGGGCUGCUGAUGAGAAGCCGUGAUAAUGAACUACAGCCGUAAUCACUGCCAAAUUGCACUCCAAAUCCAUUAACAUCCCAGAAUUGGUACUGAAGCCCUACAUGCAACACCGUUUGUGGUGAACUGUGGCUGACCAUUUUACUUAUGCAGAUAUGUAGCAUGUGUACUAGUCUGUGAUCAGAUAGGGUGGUCAACACUCAAAUCCAAAGUGCAGGUAUGAUCAGCACUUACAAAUCUAUCAGAUGGAGUUGUAACUCUUGCCCUUAAAGAGAAUUAGAGGCCUAGAUAUGUGCAAUAUGUGUGCAUGAUGGUCUCCCAGGGAAAACUGAGCACUGAGGGUUUUAUCAUUUCUUGUAGAGCUCCUCCUAGACAGAGCAUAACUAAGGCUGUAAUUAUUCUAUAUUUUUGUUAUUGUCGACAAGGCAGCGAACAAGACCCUACCCUGUCUGUAUCACUCAUCACCGAGCCCAUUGGGGUGAAGACGUUAAUCUUUAAAAACUGGUCAAAAAGCUCUCUGCAGUUCCCUAAAACAGCUGACAACUGUAGUUUUUGGCAAACAUAAAUAUAAUUUGUUGAGGACUUCUUUCAGCUGCUGAUUAAUGUGAGUCACUCACAUCGCGUACUCCUUUCACUGCAACAUAUAUCCAACUCACCCUUCUAAACAUGUCAGUGUACUUAAGCUGUCAGUGCUCUGCUCAUCUUUUUGGAGCUUGCCUGCUGCCACAUGGCUCACCUGAAAGCUAUCACCUUCUGCAACUGCUGUUCAUAUAGCCUUUCAAAAGCUCCACCUCCACCCCAGCAUCCACCUGUAGAUUCUGAGUCUAUUGUCGUUUUCCACUCUCUGCUAUGCAGUGCUUGAUGUGAGGGGUAAUGAGAUCAAAGCCUCAACGCCAAAUAUCAACACUGUAUGUUUUCUUGAUUCACAUAAUUUCUAUGCAAGUUGACUGACUAGAAUAUACAUUUGGUGGGCUGGUGAGUAUGUCCAGCAGCAGGACGGUUUAUCUUAAGUAACUUAAAAUAAAUGACAGUGGCUGUGUUUAUGUUUUUUUAGGAACACGUAAAUUUAUGCAACAGUGUUGCUCAUUGAUAUAAAGGAUAAGAGGAUAGAAGAUUUGUGGUUUGGGUCUUUUCAUGAUAUUGGUUGACAUUAAGAACAAUAUACAAUACCGCCAGCUUUGAGAAGUAGGCUAGGGUUGAUGUCCAAAAGGGAUCACAGAUUUAAAACCUUAUCAUAGCCAAGCUUCUUUAAGUCAUAAUUAUUCAUAUGUGCCAAAAUGAGAUUUGCUACACCUUUAUGUAUAGGGUAAAAGUGCACUGAGUCCACUGCAAAGUGAGACUGAUCAUAUCAGAUUAUAACUGACAGAAAAGUUCAUUGGGCAUACACUUAGAAUCGUAUGCACAAAUACAUUAAAUUAGCUAGCUAUGUAUGGAAGUCUUUUCCCAUGAUGUACAGUAAUUAAAUCAAGUGAAAGGUGCACCAAAAACAUCCAUUGUGAGAGUUGUUAAUGUAUAGGUCUUAUUCAAAUACUUAUAACAUGUCUAUGCUAGUUGCGUGAUACUAGCACUAAUCUGAGGAAAACAUGUGAGUGGAAGAUAAAGCCAUGUGUUUGUUCGUCAAAGUUAGGUUCCAAACUCAUGACUCCAAACAAUAUUCUAGUGAAACGGGACAGCAACCAGAUGCGGACUUAAAGAACUGUCGUUAAGCCAUGGUGAGUAGUACUGGAAAAGAGAGCUGCACAUAAAUCCCACUCCCAAAUGAUUUACUUGGAAGACUGCAAAUGCAAAACAGCCUGAGCAGGCAGGAAAGCUGAAAGAAAAGGCUCUUGGUAGCAUCACAUACAGCAAAGUUUGAACUUGCAUUGCUAGGAGACACUAUCUUUAGGAUAUGAUGGUGAUCACUAAUGCAUUUGUGCAUUGUCCCUUUAUUUCAUGUUAAGUUCUGUAUAACAUUUUUGAAAUUAUUGACAUUUUUGCACACCUGAUGAAUAAACAUUUUCAUGCCUCUAAUUGUUUGCUAUGUUUACAUUGUACUACUAAACUACAUUACACUCACUUUAAAAUGAAAUUCCCAUUUUUGGUUCUUGAGGCUUUGCAUAUAAUAGCAUUUUCAAAUUCAUUCUGUGUUUUAUCAGUUGCAUUAAUGAUGAAUCAUGUGUGAACUGUUCAAAUGGGACAUUUGUUUGAUUUUACUGAUGUACAAGAGAAUGUCACAAGAAACUGCAUGCCAAGAUUAUCAGAUUAUUCUUUGCUUACUUUCAAACAUACAGUACAAAAGAAAGAUAGUACACAUUUUAUACCAAAUAAAUACACGAGUCAAAA